AAUUAGGUCCUAUUGUUUUAUCAUCCAGAGCUGGUUGGUAGUAAAAAAAAAAAACACUGGGUUCCCAAGCUGGAAGAGACUUUUGUGUGCAUGCAGUCUAAUGACAUUUUUACUGGGAAGAAGCAUAAAAAUGUUGUCUGUUCAUCUAUUGCAACCACCCAUCAUUCUUUGAAUGAUUUGGAAGACGCAACAAUAAAACAAGGACAUCGUUUCCUCAUUUGAAUGUUGCAUGGUGUCAUGCCCAGCAGGAUGGGAUCAAAGAUGAACACAAAGAAAGACUUCAUUAGAGUAAAAACUCAUUACAAUGGGGACAUCCUCAUCACCAACCUGGGUGCCUCAAUGAACUAUGAUGAACUUUGUGAUGAAGUGAGAGAAAUGUGCAAUUUAUCCCAGGAGCAACCAAUUACCCUGAAGUGGAUUGAUAAUGAAGGUGAUCCCUGUACCAUUUCGUCUCAGAUGGAACUAGAAGAAGCCUUCCGUUUGUAUUGUCGGUACAGAGACGAAGGGCUUAUUAUUCAUGUCUUCCCAAGCAUUCCAGAAAAACCCGGCAUGCGGUGUCCUGGAGAAGAUCAAUCAAUCUACCGGCGGGGCGCCAGAAGAUGGAGGAAGCUGUACCGAGUGAAUGGGCAUCUGUUUCAAGCCAAGCGCUUUAACAGAAGAGCCUACUGUGGCCAGUGCAGUGAAAGGAUAUGGGGUCUAGGAAGACAAGGUUACAAGUGCAUCAACUGCAAGUUGUUGGUCCAUAAACGCUGCCACGUUCUUGUCCCACUGACCUGCAAAAGGCAUAUGGAUUCUGUGAUGCCUUCCCAGGAACCUCAAUUAGAUGAUAAGAAUGACGAAGCUGACGUCCCCACAGAAGAAACAGACGGAAUAUCUUAUAUUUCUUCGACUCGGAAACAUGACAAUAUUAAAGAUGAUCCUGAGGAACUCAAGCCAGUUAUUGACGGAAUGGAUGGAAUCAAGAUCUCCCAGGGUCUUGGCCUUCAGGACUUCGAUCUGAUCAGAGUCAUCGGACGAGGAAGCUAUGCCAAAGUUCUUUUAGUGCGGUUAAAAAAGAACGAUCAAAUUUAUGCAAUGAAAGUCGUAAAGAAGGAAUUGGUUCACGACGAUGAGGAUAUUGAUUGGGUGCAAACGGAAAAGCAUGUGUUUGAGCAGGCAUCCAAUAACCCUUUUCUAGUUGGCUUACAUUCUUGUUUUCAAACGACAAGUCGGUUGUUUCUUGUUAUAGAAUAUGUGAAUGGAGGAGACCUCAUGUUUCAUAUGCAACGGCAAAGGAAGCUUCCAGAGGAACACGCAAGGUUUUAUGCUGCUGAAAUCUGCAUUGCUCUCAACUUCCUCCACGAGAGAGGCAUCAUUUACAGAGAUUUAAAACUGGAUAAUGUUCUCUUGGAUACAGAGGGCCACAUCAAGCUAACAGAUUAUGGCAUGUGUAAGGAAGGAUUGGGCCCCGGCGACACGACGAGCACUUUCUGCGGAACGCCAAAUUACAUCGCUCCGGAGAUUCUCCGAGGAGAAGAAUACGGAUUCAGUGUGGAUUGGUGGGCCCUUGGUGUCCUCAUGUUUGAAAUGAUGGCUGGAAGAUCUCCUUUUGAUAUUAUUACCGACAAUCCAGAUAUGAACACUGAAGAUUACCUCUUCCAAGUUAUCCUUGAAAAACCAAUCCGAAUUCCAAGAUUCCUUUCUGUUAAGGCCUCUCAUGUUUUGAAAGGGUUUUUAAAUAAGGAUCCCAAAGAGAGGCUCGGAUGCCAACCCCAAACGGGAUUUUCUGAAAUCAAGUCACACACAUUUUUUCGCAGCAUAGACUGGGAUCUGCUGGAGAAGAAGCAGGCCACCCCGCCCUUUCAGCCUCAGAUCACGGAUGAUUACGGCUUGGAUAACUUUGAUACCCAGUUCACCAGUGAACCUGUGCAGUUAACUCCAGAUGAUGAGGACGUAAUAAAAAGAAUAGACCAGUCGGAGUUUGAAGGAUUUGAAUAUAUUAAUCCAUUGAUGCUAUCAACCGAGGAAACGGUAUGAGAAAGAGGCACAGAGGAGCGGGGGAAAAAAAAAAAAAGAAGAAUGAAUGCACUUGGACAUUUAAUCCUGAACUACAGUAUAUGCAUGCAAGGCUGGGACCGGGUCACCAUGAGGUUUUGAAUGGAGACCAAAUGAUAAAAUGGCCAUCGAGAAAAAAAAAAAAUCAAGAUAACGUGAUUCGGGUGGGUGGCUUCCUCUUUUUUUUUUUUUUUUUUUUUUAAGUCCGAGGGAAUUGGCAGAGCUGGCUUCAUGGAAUCCGCACUCCGUGCCUGCUUCAACAAGAGGUCAGUGACGGUUGGUUGCAUCCUUGGGAAGAGAUUCCAGAUCACGCUGAAAAAAAUAGACUACUUCGAACAAACCUUUCCAUGCAACAGCCUCCUAUAAAACAGUCAAACAUCCAGAAUACAAUUGCUUGUGGUGUUGAAGCUUAAUUUUAGAUGCCUUUUCUCACAAGUGGUACCUAUCCUACUGUACAUGUCUUGGUGUGUGCGUGGGUCUGUAUGUGUGUGUGUACAUUCACAUCUGUGUAGGCACACAUGUACGCACACUUGCUAAAUAAAUAGAAAGGAAUUGUGUUUUAUUAGCAAGGUUAACAAAUUUGGGUACAGUAUUUAAGUGCCUAAAUGGAUAAUCUACAUUAAAUUAUUCCAUUUUUGGAACCUUUGAUGAACCCUGUAAGUUUCUGGUUAUUGAAAAACAAAACAAAAAAGUAUUUUACACAUGGAACCUACAACUAACAGCUGCUAUCUAACAUUAAUCGUGGUCUCAGAGUGGACAAGAAUCUUAGCAAUAACAAUUCCAAAAAUUAGAAUUUAGCAUCUAAACAUUCUGGAUUAUGCUGAACGUGGGAGAAAAAAAAUAUAUACACUACCAAAAUCUCAUCAGAAAAUUUAAAUUUGCACAUGGUGGAUUUAUGAAAAUACUUGAGCAGUGCCUACAAUGAUUUAUGUUGUAUACUAGAUUUUUGAAUAAUAUUUUUAUCAAUGCAAUAUUCAGAAGGAUCAAUGGAAAUGUAAUAGAUCUUAGCCUUAAAAUUUUUGAGGAAAAAAAAAAGAAUUCUAGGAUAUCCAUCUACAUACAUAUUUUUUUCUGAUAAAGCACAUCUCCUAUUUAAAAAUGAUAGCUUUGAAAUGUUUAGUUCUCCUAGAGAUUGUUUUGGUAAAUGAAACCCAAUCAAAACAGCAAUUUAGUGAAUGGGAAAGGCGACCACAGAUAAAAAAAAAAAUUACCUGGAUAUUAAAAUGUCCAUUAUUUCCUCUUCAGAGAACUGUGGGGUGUUUCAUUGAGAUAACUGCUUGUCAAUUUUUGGAAUUUAAAGAAAAUUCAGAUUGAACUAGUACAUAUUGCUAAUCUAAUACCGUAACCCUUUCUGAAUACCGUUGGGUCGAUUGUGGUUUUGGAGAAUAAGGUUUAAAAAAAAAAAGUCAGAUUGACUCUGAGGGAUCCAUUAUAAUGGCAGAUAGGAAAAAAAAUCCCAUUAAUGUCAUACCUUGGUUAGAUAUCAAAUGACUCAGUCUAGGUUUCUCAGGAUAUAACAUUGCAUUGGUUGCUGUGCAGACUUCCCUUGCAUCCGCAGCCAUAAGAUAAGAUGCUAGGGUUAAGAUGGCCAAACUGGGAAGGGUGGGACAAAUCUGGACAAGAACCAUUGAUUAAAUUUCGUUUUUGGAUUCUCUCCUUAGCUUGGCCACUAAUGAAAGCACAUACAUGGUAACAAAACAUUAGCACUCCCAGGCCGACUUCUUAAAACUCGGCCGUUUCCCCCGCUCCCCCCAAGCAAGAUUCUUAAGUCUGUUCUAACCAGCACUUAAUAAUUCAGCUAGAACUAUUUUUGUUUUUCCGCCGGUGCUCAGGAUUUAAAUAAACAAGCUACUUUGCUUUUGAAGCGAAGCUUGAAAACGAAUAUCCUACUUUUUACCUUUCUUCCUUCUCGGUGACAAAUUCAGUAUUUCUCUCACUGCUGUCUCUCUUUCUCUUCCCCUUCAAUUUACAGCUGAGCAGCUGGUUUUUGCAGGUCAUGUGACUGAAUCAGAUGCCAUCAGAUUCUGGGGCAAAGGGUUUGCAAAAACCGCGAGAAUACUUUUGCUCCGAACUUUGUAUACUGUCCAAACAUCAAAGCAGGACUAGAUACGCACUUGGUCCCAGGCAUCAAAAAGAAAAAAAAA